AUGGCGGAGAUGGAAGCGAGCCUGUUGCGCCAGUGCCCGCUGCUUCUGCCUCAGAACCGGGCGAAAACAGUGUACGAAGGAUUCAUUUCGGCUCAGGGACGUGAUUUUCACCUUAGAAUAGUGUUGCCUGAAGAUUUACAAAUGAAGAAUGCAAGAUUAUUAUGUAGUUGGCAACUGAGAGCAAUACUUAAUGGAUACCAUCAAAUAGUACAACAGAGAAUGCAGCACUCUCCUGAUCUAAUGAGCUUUAUGAUGGAGUUGAAGAUGAUUUUGGAAGUUGCUUUAAAGAAUAAGCAAGAGUUGUAUGCACCACCUCCUCCUCCCCAGUUCUACGCAAGCCUUAUUGAAGAGAUAGGAACUCUUGGUUGGGAUAAACUUGUAUAUGUGGAUACUUGUCUCAGUACCAUCAAGUUAAAAGCUGAAGAUGCUUCUGGUAGAAAGCAUCUAAUUACCCUCAAGUUGAAGGCAAAGUACCCUGCAGAAUCACCAGAUUGUUUUGUGGAUUUUCCUGUUUCAUUUUCUGUUUCCUGGACACCACAGGUAAAUAACCCUUUUAGCUCCUUAAUAAGCAUUUACGGUCAGUUUUUGGCAGCAUUAGAAUCACUGAAGGCAUUCUGGGAUGUUAUGGAUGAAAUCGAUGAGAAGACUUGGGUACUUGAGCCAGAAAAACCUACCCGGAGUGCAACAGCACGCAGAAUUGCCCUAGGAAAUAAUGCUUCAAUAAAUAUAAACGUUGACCCCAGGCAUCCUACUAUGCUUCCUGAGUGCUGCUUUCUUGGAGCAGACCAUGUGGUAAAACCUCUGGGAAUUAAGCUGAGCAGAAACAUACAUUUGUGGGAUCCAGAAAAUAGUCUGUUACAAAACUUGAAAGAUGUUUUAGAAAUAGAUUUUCCAGCUCGUGCUAACCUGGAAAAAUCUGAUUUUUCUAUGGAUUGUGGGAUUUGUUAUGCCUAUCAACUUGAUGGCGCCAUUCCUGAUCAAGUGUGUGAUAAUUCCCAUUGUGGACAGCCUUUCCAUCAAAUAUGCUUAUAUGAGUGGUUGAGAGGACUACUGACUAGUAGACAGAGUUUUAACAUCAUAUUUGGUGAAUGCCCAUAUUGUAGCAAGCCAAUUACCUUGAAAAUGUCUGGAAGGAAAUCCUGAAAUAAUGUAACAUUUCUGUGAAGAACUGGCAACUUGAAAAAUUAUCAAAAGGAUUUUAUUUGAUAUCUUCAUAGAAAAUAUAAAGCAAGACAUACUAAAGUCAAAAGAAAAAGAACGAUGAAGCCAUAAUAAUACAUGUCUGCCUUUGUCUCUUCAAAGUCUGUGACCUCCAUACCAGCUGUAGAAGUAGAUGUAUCCCAAGAUGAAGAUCUUGAAUUAUUAAAUAUAUCUAGACUGGUAGAAUCUUGAUAGGGUUCAUAAAAUGAAUUUGGGAAAUAUAUACAGCUGGACUGUUGUGGAGAACUUUUUAUUUCAUUCAGAAUUUCUUGAGACUCACAAUACUUUUGUCUUCUCCUUGUGCUUUCCUAUAGAAAAAAAUAUAUAUUGUUAGGUUUGAAUUAUCCUAGUAUUUAUUUUGUGUAGUCUGUAAGAAUACUAAAUAAAACGUUGUUAC